AUGGAAAACGGGAGCCUAUUUUGCGCACCGAGUGACAGUGAAAUUGCUGUUGAAUUGUGUUGGGUGAAGAGAUUGAACAUGAUUAAACAGAUCGCCCAUGCUUUGGCGUACAUGCACCAUGAUUGUAGCCCACCUAUUGUUCAUCGAGACAUAUCAAGCAACAACAUUCUGUUGAACUCAGAAAUGGAAGCAUUUGUUGCCGAUUUUGGAGCAGCUACCCUGAUUCCUCCAAUCAAACUCUUUGGCGUGUUGGCACUUGAAAUACUUGGAGGGAAGCAUCCUAGAGAACUCGUGUCGUCCUUAAACUAUUCUUCUAGACAUGAUACAUCGCUGGAAAAUAUACUGGAUGUGCGACUUGCUUAUCCAACAGAGAUGCUGAUUGAAAAUGAAAUCCUCCGUGUUUAUCAUGUAGCACUAGCUUGCACUCUCACAGAUCCAAACACUCGGCCAACAAUGAGAAAAGUGUCUCUGGAAUUAUCGCGUUGA